UUGGUGUCGCCUAGAAUGACGAUAAACUUUUGCUGACUGGUUGUAGAGUUCGCCCAAGCCAUUGCGAAGCCGCUCCCAUCUUUCCAAAUGUUCACUUGUGGUGAACAAUUAUUCUCUUGUGAAGUGAGUAUCACCCUCUCGUCAGGCCAAGACCGGAAAUUUGGCUCCCGAACCGUCUCUUCACCGAGCAAAAAAUCGGCGAAAUCGAAGGCUGCAAUGGAAGCUAUCAAGUGGCUACGAGAGACCGGCCAAUUGGACGAGGCCCGUACGCCCAGAAAAAAGCAGAACGCACUUAGUUCGAGCGUAAAUCGUUCAGAGACCGACUAUGGAGAGCUGAAGAGCCCAGAAGAUGCCUUGCCAAUUGCAUCCCCCAACAACACACCUGGUAAUGAAACCUUCGUCUCGCAAGUCUCGGUUCUUGCGCGUCGCCUUGGCAUCCGCGAGCCCCUUUACGUGAACGUUCCAUCCGAUCCACAGAUACAAGGCUUCUGGAACUGCUCAGCAUCCUUUCCCGGGGACCCCAAGUUUCCAGGAAGCAUUGGCGAAGUGCACAAUGUGCUUGGCAAGAAGACAGCCAAGGAAGAAUGUGCGAGGUGGGUCUGGGAGUACUUGAAGGAGAUUGAGGCAGAACGGAUGCAGAAGAAGAACGCAUUCCUUGCAGCGAUGGCAGAGAAAGCGCGCGCUCAAGAGGCGCAGCAGGCGUAGGCUCUGAUUAUCAAGAACACAAGUUUAGCAAAUUGUGGUUUCGAACUUGGUGGAGCUGCCAGAUCUAGAGAGACGUUGACAAUCUGACACGGAGUUCACUUACAUGUACGACGAGAAACACGAUAUAAAGCACACAUAAGGAAAUAUCUAAGCAACAAGGACAUUCGAAAUGAAUCCAUCGUAACGAUGUUUA